AUGGACGAAUGUGAAAAACUGAUUCCUCUAAUACCGAGACUGAACCUCCUGGCCCGGGGUUGCCGGCGGGCUUCAUGUUCACCCCUCCUCUUACUAGUACCAGAUGCCCUCUGCAGGGGCCAGACGGAGGCUACAAGCCGGCACCGGAUGUCCCUGCCCCCUGUCACCACCAAGGAGAGUCCGGAAAGCCGCGACAGGGGCUCCGGCAGGACCUGCGGCUCCGGCCAGGCGCAGCGGGAGCCGGAGAAGCGGCAGGAGCCGGUGAAGUGUGUGCUGGAUGAGUUUGACAAGCUGCGACCUCUGUGUUACACCAGUGCAGAUGUGUUCCUGCUGUGCUUCAGUGUCGUCAGUCCCGCCUCCUUCCAGAACGUUCCUGAGAAGUGGGUUCCAGAGAUUCGGAGACACGCCCCCUUCGCUCCGCUUGUCCUGGUUGGGACGCAGUGUGACCUCCGAGAAGAUGUCAAGGUUCUCAUCGACCUGGCUAAGUACCGGGAGCGACCUGUGGACCCAGCAGAUGCCCGGGACUGUGGGGUGGAGAUUGGAGCUGUGGCCUACAUGGAGUGCUCUUCACUGACCCAAAAGAAUUUGAAAGAAGUGUUUGACACAGCCAUACUGGCUAGCCUGCAGAGCUGCAGCUCUCAUAAGCACCCAAGAGGGAAACAGAAACGACGAAAAAAGCAAAGGCAGACGCCGGACAAGAUGAAGAGUCUGUCCAAGUCAUGGUGGAAAAGGUACUGCUGUGUGGCCUAGAGCAGACCCUGCGAUCAGUUUGGGUCUAAGACUCUGAUGCUCUGUUGACUGUAUCCUGGUCUGAAUUCAGCUGGGUUUGGGUUCUGCCUGGACUCGCUUUUUGUUUGGGUUUCUCUCUAAUGGAGCCAGAUGUUGAGCAGGACCUCGACUCGACUGUGGCUGGGAACCAAAGUAAGACUGUCACAGAUCUAAAGUGCUUUACGUUUUGUUUUUGUUUGGAGAGGAGUUUUAGUCUUAUAGUGGAUUAUUUACUACUGAGCCCAGCCUGGUUCUAGAAGAACCUGCUCUGAAAAUACAGAAGUACUGCCGUGGCCUUUUUCUAACCGUGUUUGAUUCUUAACCUGCUUCCAGUAUGAGCCCUCUGCAGGACAAGUUUCUCCCUGUCCCCCAUGGAAACUGGUACGAACCAGAACUUUUCUGGGACUAGCAGAAGACUCUCUCCAUGCCUGGUGCAUUGUUUAUGAUCAGACCAGGCCAGAAACUUUUUCUCUUUGUCUGUGAUUAGAAAUUUAACAUCCUUAGUUACAUAUGAAAAAUGUAUCCAUUUAGGAUUUUUUGACCCAGACAUAAUCACUGGACACAGUGUUAUACAGGUAAAGGUGCAGCCUAUAAGCCUAAUCUGAAACCUGGAUCUUGGUUUACCUUGUAUUCUAGUCUAGUCUAUUCCACUAUUUGUGGAAUUAGGUCUGGUUUUUAGUGAGGUUGUCUUCAUGUCCUGCCACUGUAUGGCCCAGAAUGAAGCCAGACAGUCAAUAAGUUUGGUGUUGAUCACAUCAACAACAAUAGAACUAAUGCUUGUGUCCUUCUUCCCAAUCCAUUCUUGCCUUAUUAAAAAAAUAACACCGUCAUAUUUUUUCACUUGCUAAAUUUGUUUAAAAAGAGUAAUGAUAGCUACCACAUAUCUCAGUACUAGCAAAAGAUGCUGAACAAUGAAACGAGACUGUCUGAACAUCCAGAUGAUAAAACACACAAAGCAUUGUUCUGCAAAAGCAAGUUGUAUCUUUACUCAAGAAGACUCAACACUGUAUGUGGAAGUCAGGUUUCCACUGGUGGCCUCAUCUUUUCCACAUUAGUACUGAAGGACUCUAUCGUCUCUGUACCGUGGUGGUGCACUGCAGACAGGCACUUGACCUUAAUCGGGCAGGAGGACAUUUUGUAAUUUUAGUGUUUUCACAUUGUUCAACAAGCAAUAACUUUAGCUGUUAAGUGACUUCUGUAGAGGCCUUUUUCACAUUGCAAAUAAAGAAUUCAGCCUAAAACUGGAUUUGAAAUAUUCAUCCGAUCAACCAGUAACCUGCGUGCGUCUAUAGGCACAAGUUGCAAGUCAGGCAAAUACAAUAUUGGUUUCAGAUAUUUGUAUCUUUCCAGACACUUGAACAGCCAUAAGUGUGAGCACUUAACAGAAAUAGAUCAACCAAGUGCUCUUUGCAUGUGUUUAAAUCUACAAAAUGAAAAAAACACAGAGAUGGAUUUAUUCCUUAGCUUUCCAAUGCAAGUGUGUAUCUAAGACUGUGAAAUUUGAAUUAUGUACAUAUUCAGUGAAAUCUUUUCUUAGUAGUUAUGAACUAUAGUUUGAUUCAUCAUGUUUUUUGCUCUGCAUUUGCUCCCUUUACCCAAGAUACAAUCUCUCGCUUUCUUUAUUACAGUGCUAACCAUUGAUAAUUUCUGCCUCUGCAGCCUAUUCUCUCUCCAAUAGAAUACGUUUUGUAUGUUGUAAAGCAGAAAUAAAAACUAAAACACAAACUGUGUGGCCGUCAAACACUCCACUGCCACACCUCCCUUUGUACAUUGUAGUUACUUAAACAAGAGCAAAAAUUUACAGCUAUUUCUCUGCAGUGGCUGCAGCUGAAUGGCUCUUUGUAUUAGAGUCACUGCAGCAGAAUGGAAAAAGGGUGCAACCAGUGUGCAGUCUGUAAUGGAUUCAAAGCAGAUCUCCCAUUAUUUAGUGUGUAUGCAACAUAAAUAUUCAUAUUGAUAAGACAUAAACAUAAAAAAAUUGAUUUUCACUCUGGGCCCAUCUAAAAUAUGAUCUAAACCCCUGUCAGGCCCACGUUAAACCUUUGUCUGACUAGUAACCCAAACGUUAUAAGACGAGGUUAAACCGUCAAGAUUCAUACCUUCAGAGUGUUUUACUGUUUAACCGUACCUUUAACCAUCUCACAACAGCAAGUAAUCCACACCAGUUAACUUAACCUCCUGAAAAGGUCAACAAUAGUCAACAAUAAUAGAUAUCUAACUCAAUGAGUGUGAACUAGCUGUUAGCUCAGAGCUAAGGAAGCUGUAAACUUUGGGCUAAAAUGUGUUAAACCUGUUAAAUCUGUAAAAGUGAGGCAGUUUUUCUGAUUUAUGUUUUUUUCAAAGACCUGAAAUCCUUUACAUUUUAAUCACAUUUUGCAUCACAUUUUUUUAGUGUGUGGUUUAAAGUCAGUCAUCUACUGGUGGGGAAUAGAGUGAGAUGCGGUGUGCCUUGAAAUUCAAUUAUUAAUAAUUCCUUUUAAAUCUAUUAAAUUUAAGUUACACAAAAUGUUCAGAGUUUGGCGUGUUUUCUCCCUAGUUAAUGCAAACUGAGACAGGAACACCAGAACUUGCACAAUCGUAGUAGAGGAUUUGUACAAUGCUUUACGCUUCUGUGGAAUAUUUUCACCCAGUUAGUUAGCCACUCUCUUUUAAACAUUUCUUUUGGCACCAAAAUUUGGUUCCUACCAGACUUUUCUCUAAAAAUGCCCUUGUGAAACCUAAACUGGCCUGCUGAUUUUUCUACAAUCUGGCUUCAAAUACAUAUAUGUACAGUGUUGUUGUCUAAGAGGAAUCUGAGAACUUAUUCUCAUGUUGAAUUUAGGCCUGAAUGUAUAACUGUCUGGAUUUGAAGACUGCGUUACUGGAGCUUUUUGGUAGUUUUCUCCCGAAGAUGUUACAACUGCAACUGAAUGGGUUCACUGUGUCGAUGUUUUACUCAGCAAAUGCAUUGUUUCUUGCUCUGGGAAAAGGCAUAAUAAGUUGUUUGUCUUGCUGUUUGUGUGCAGUCUUGGCUGAUAGUGGAUCUAAGUAGGGUAAAGGUCACACAGACCCUUAUGAUAGCUGGCAUUUCCUCUACCAGGUCACGUACACUUAUGGAGAGCAUAGUAAGUUUCUCAUCACAGUGGGUCUGCUGUGAUUCAGGCCUGAACUAAUGAAACAAAUAUAAAUCUGUGUUAAAUUAUUCCAGUUUGAAUACAUUAACAGCAUGAAUGACAUCUAUCAGUCAUGUAAAAAAACAAUAUCUGUUUCUGACCAGGAUAUGAGGAUGACUUCAUGUUUGUUUUGGUUCUCACCUGGUAAAUUAAUCUUAUGCUAUAAUCCUAACAUUUACUGGACAGCGUCCACUCAAGUGAUAAUGUUGUAUGCUGAAAUAUUUUAACAGUAAAUAAAAGUCAUAAAAUUAACUGACUCAGUAAUGUUGGUUAUAUAGCAAGUUAGAAAACAUAAGCAAAAGCCACUGGUCAUAUGGUCACAGCCUGUUGUAACGUGGUAGCAGUAAAACUUUCUUUUUUUUUUUGGCUUAUGAAUUCAACUUUUUUAUAUAAGACUUAUAGUUGUGUUAUUUUGUGUUUCAGAAGUAGUCUGAUUUACCUUCUUUUCAGGAGCUGGUUGAUCCACAGCAUUGUAUAUUCUGUAUAGCAGAUGAAUGGCUUUGUAAUGUUGAACAGACAGGUCUCUGAAAGUGAACUAUUGUGUAUAAAGACAGUUAGGGAAGAGAUACGGUGGAGAGUAUUGUGCUGCAAAGUCAGUGUUUUAGGGAAGGUCACACAAAAAUGUUGAAGAUAGACACAAAUGUUUGGGACAGGUGAAAAGUCUGGAUGUGUACUAAAAUACACAGUUGCUGCAAUGGUUGACUUUCAGUUGUUGUGAUAUUUGAUGCUGGAACAGGUUUUUAAAUUGACAAAGGUGGAUUGAAUACAAGACAGUUGUACUUUCUUGGUACUGCUAAAUGAGUGACUCAGUAAACAAGUGUUUUGUGUUGAUAGAAAGUGAAGCCAUCCAAACCAGUCUGAAUCUGGAAACAAUAUGAAAUGGUUUCUGUAUGUGAAUGGCUUCAGAUCACUGUAAGAAAAUCUGUUGUUAGACUUUACUUGACAUAGCAUAUCCACACAUCCCUAAUUGUUGAUUGCACAAGAAUAUCCCCUAAAGUUCAGUGAGUUUAAGCAAAAGCAGAUGGGCUGCAGUGGACAGAAUGGUUCAUUCUAGAGAUUUGACUUUUAUUAAGGCUGAUACCCCCUAAAGCACACCUGAGCUCACUCACAUGGGACACCAGCUGAGAAUUUCCCUUAGGAAAACCGACCCUCUCAGCCUGCGUGAAACAUCAGCUUGUUUUCAUUUUUCCUGCAUGUACAAACAUUGUAACAGAGAAUCUGCUGCAAUCUGCUCGCACUGAAUUCGCUGUUUAACUGAGGGACGUCCGUCACAGAAAGAUGUGUUUGUACAGAAGUUUUAUACCCUGAGAAAUAAAGAA